CGGCCGCUCCACCGGCAUCCUCGCACUCUGAUUGGUCAGUGUUUUCCGUUAAUAUCUCCUCAACGAAGCCUCGGACAACAUUUUCGCUAAGGAAAAAGUUGUUUCAAAUCACCUCCCGAACCACCUCUUUCAAGGUGUUACAACAUUUUUAGGACACCCUGUAUACUUUAGAUUCAUGUGCCAAAGUUGGUAACGCCACUGUUCGUAUUCCAUGGCCAAUGGUAAUGCCUUGAGUUACUUGAGUAUAAUGCGUGUGUCUGUGUUCCUUUCUGCGGCGCCCUCGACGCGGCAAAUCUAGCGUCCGACGUGAAUAAACACGAUUUUUCGGCACAACUUCCUAUAAAUAUGUUGUGCUAGUGUGCGAAGGUUAAGAACGAUGAGCUUCUCUAGCGAUGAAGUCAAUUUCUUGGUUUACCGAUACCUUCAAGAAUCCGGAUUUCAACAUUCUGCAUACACAUUUGGUAUAGAAUCACAUAUAUCACAAAGUAAUAUAAAUGGAGCAUUAGUACCACCAGCUGCACUUUUAUCAAUACUUCAAAAAGGACUACAAUAUACAGAAGCAGAGAUAUCGAUAGGUGAAGAUGGCACAGAGCAAAGAAUGGUGGAAUCCUUAUCUCUUAUCGAUGCUGUUAUGCCAGAUGUUGUUGCAUCAAGGCAGAAUCAAAUUAAUCAGCAAAAACAACAGGUGAAAACGGAAGUGCAGGAUACAAAUGGAGAAGAAGUUGUUACCUCCAAUGAAGGUGUAAGCACAAAUGAGAGGGGAGGAGAUAGAACGGAAAUGGAGGUAGAUGAACAACAACAAGGUUCAGGUGGAGGUACUAAUGCUGGUUUGGUUGAAAUCCCAGCAAGUAAAGCUACAAAAUUACGUGGACAUGAAUCAGAAGUUUUUAUAUGUGCUUGGAAUCCAACGACUGAUCUUUUGGCAUCUGGAUCGGGAGAUAGCACGGCUCGUAUUUGGGAUAUGUCUGAUAACUCUCAAGCACCAAAUCAAUUAGUUCUUCGUCAUUGCAUACAGAAAGGUGGUACCGAAGUACCAAGCAACAAAGAUGUUACUUCGUUAGACUGGAAGUGUGAUGGUACUUUAUUAGCAACUGGAAGUUAUGAUGGUUAUGCACGAAUUUGGACAACAGAUGGUAGAUUAGCAUCUACAUUAGGUCAACAUAAAGGUCCGAUUUUCGCGUUAAAGUGGAAUAAACGUGGAAACUAUAUAUUAAGUGCAGGUGUUGAUAAAACAACAAUCAUAUGGGACGCGGAAAGUGGACAGUGUACCCAACAGUUCAGUUUUCAUUGUGCACCAGCAUUGGAUGUUGAUUGGCAAACAAAUACAUCAUUUGCUAGUUGUUCCACAGAUCAGUGUAUUCAUGUAUGCAAACUGAAUGUUGAUAAACCAAUCAAGAGCUUCCAAGGACAUACAAAUGAGGUAAAUGCUAUUAAAUGGGACCCUCAAGGCAAUUUGCUAGCUAGUUGUUCGGAUGACAUGAGUCUUAAAAUUUGGUCUAUGAAACAUGAUACAUGGGUACAUGAUCUUCAAGCUCAUAGCAAAGAAAUAUAUACAAUUAAAUGGUCACCAACUGGACCUGGAACUCAUAACCCAAACAUGAACUUAACUUUAGCUAGUGCAUCAUUUGACUCAACCGUAAGGUUAUGGGAUGUUGAAAGAGGUGCAUGUAUACAUACACUUACAAAACACACAGAGCCGGUGUAUAGCGUAGCGUUUAGUCCAGAUGGUAAAUUUCUUGCUAGUGGAAGUUUCGACAAAUGUGUUCAUAUUUGGUCCACUCAGAGUGGUCAGUUGGUGCACAGUUACAAAGGUACUGGGGGAAUUUUCGAAGUGUGUUGGAACAGUCGAGGGGAUAAAGUUGGUGCUUCUGCAUCCGAUGGCAGCGUGUUUGUUCUUGACCUACGUAAACUGUGAUCGCAAUUAAAUAAUAGAUUAUGUUUCGUUUCAAGAACUAAUCACGGUUCUAAGUUAUCCUCAGUUUUUUUACUAUGGUACAACUUUUUGCUAUCCAAAAUACUAGCCACGUUAUACAGUUCUCUCAGCAAUUUGUGUAUGCUGAAUAUUGUUUGAAAGAGCAUUAAUUAUUUAUGUACAGGACUGGAAUACGAGUCAAAAGAAUUUCAAUGAUAAAUGUAAAUUGAAAAAUGUU